GGGAAGCUUUGGGGUGCACUUAGAAGGCAAUUAGAAACAAAGCAAAGUGGAAUUUCUCACCUCUUGUACACAAUUUUACACACAAUCAACACGUUAAGGUCAGGAGCGCGACCCGGCGGGGGGGACGAUGCCAGCUUCAAGUAGAAAUAUGGACUGAGGCCAGCAACAAGGAGCAGCUUCUGUCUCCAAGUAAGACCUCCAACUUUCAUGCUUCAUCUCAGACUUUUAUGAACUUUGAGAACAGGCGUGCCUGCAGAACAGAGUUUGGAUUCCUGGGACUGUUGACACACUUUUACGCACGCCCGCGCACCGCUGGAUGUGACCGAGUGCGAAACUUUUGAAGCUGGGCCAUGCUGCGGUGACUAGAACUGCAGAAGGAGACGACCGAUGGUUGGAAACUAAUUCUGACCAACAAAAACAGAACAACAGAGAGCAAUAAAUCAGGGGGGAGCGCUCUGCAGAGGUGAAGGGAGGACAACACAAGCUGGUGUCUCCAAAUUCAGCGGGCUCCAGUUUCAGCCGCUCCGGGGGCUCCUGCUAUUAAAGCCUUCAUCUGACCUGGGAAAAGUUGUCAACAAGAGCUGCAAGCGGAGGCGAACUGGCAGGUGUACAAGUUCAUUUACAUGCAGACAUAUAUUCACUCCGCUAUAUAUAGAAGUGGCCUGUGGAACUAGCAGCCUUAAGAAGUUUCUCCUCCCACCCAGCGGGCUUGCAGCAGUUCCACGCACCAGGCGUGUGCGUGUACCUAUAUAUACACCAUACAGGCUUUUAAUUCCCUCUGCAAUUUGCCCGCUGUCGGUUUGGCUGUGAGGCCGGGAGUCGUCGCAUGGACUGACAUGGCCACCGACCUCGCCAUGAGCGCAGAGCUGCCUAACAGCCCUCUGGCCAUCGAGUACGUCAACGACUUCGACCUGAUGAAGUUCGAGGUGAAAAAGGAGCCGCUGGAGGCCGACCGCUUCUGUCAUCGCCUGCCGUCCGGCUCACUGUCCUCCACCCCGAUUAGCACACCCUGCUCCUCCGUGCCUUCCUCGCCCAGCUUCUGCGCCCCGAGUCCGGGCGCGCAGCCCAACCAGGGUCUCCCCGGCGGCGUCAACGUCGGCAACAACAGCAACAACAGCAGCGGCAACAACAAUCACAGCAACGCGGGCAAGCCUCAGCUGGAGGACCUGUACUGGAUCCCCAGCUACCAGCAUCACAUCAACCCGGAGGCGCUCAACCUGACCCCGGAGGACGCGGUUGAGGCCCUGAUCGGCAACGCGCACCAUCACCACCACCACCACCAGGCCUACGAGGGCUUCCGCGGGCAGCAAUACGUCGGAGAGGACCUGUCCGCGGCCUCGGCUGUGCACCACCAUCAGGCCCACCACCACCACCAUCACCACCACCACGGCCACCACACCCGCUUGGAGGACCGCUUCUCGGACGAGCAGCUGGUGAGCAUGACAGUGCGGGAGCUGAACCGGCAGCUCCGGGGCUUCAGCAAGGAGGAGGUGAUCCGCCUGAAGCAGAAGCGGCGCACCCUGAAGAACCGCGGCUACGCGCAGUCCUGCCGCUUCAAGCGCGUCCAGCAGCGGCACAUGCUGGAGACGGAGAAGUGCACCCUGCAGAACCAGGUGGAGCAACUGAAGCAGGACGUGGCGCGCCUUGUGAAGGAGCGGGAUCUGUACAAGGAGAAGUACGAGAAGCUGGCCAGCCGGACCUACAACUCCGGCGGGCCCGCGAACACGAGAGAUCCGUCCGGGAAACAGGCCAGCACCGAGUUCUUCAUGUGAGAGAGACAUUACCACGCUCACCUCCACACUCUUCUGACUCUAAUCGAUCUUUUCUGAUUUGUGUUUACAGUUAUUCCUCAACAGCAAAAGACUUUCAAACUCAUCUUCUUAACAAAUAAAGGUUAGGUGCGCACAAGCGUCACGUCUGUGAGUCUUAAAGAUGUUAAACUUCUGUAAGUCCACAACAAACAAGUCAGGUUGGCACAUGGGAUCACUUUCAGGCUGCAGACUCCUCUCCUGUCAGAAGUCUUAUGAACCAAUGACUGUCUUAAUCCAGAGAGAGCGCCGGGUUGGUGUUAGAACCAGGCAGAAGCAGCACAGACUGCAGGAGGAGAAUGCGCUGUGGUGCAGAGACUCUCAGUAAUGCAAAUGUAAUAGUUCCCCCCGCCCGACCCCCUCCCUCAUCCUUUUGCAACCCUGCAUGCAGGACAUGUAUGGUAACCUCCAGCCAAAACCCCAUCCACAUAUGUAUGGAAAGCAUGACCCAUGGGUUCUCCCCAGCCAUCCUUCCAUCCCUCAGUCAUCAGUAAGGCCUGGGUAUGCAGAAAAAGCCCCCCUUCCCCCAUGAGAGGUGCAAAUAACUGCGGACUGAAAUGCAAAAACAAUCUGCUUCACUGCGAAACACAUGGAUGCGUCUUUACCUGCUGUUUUCAAUCAGUUUUUUCUAUUGUUUUAAAAAAGAAAAGAAAAACGACAAAAAGAGAUUACCUGAGCCAGAUUUUAGACUGUAUUUAUUUCCACCUGUACAUAAUGUGUAGAGAAAAAAAAAAGACAAAAAAAAAAACAAAACAAGCAGUCAUCUGUGUUAUUUUACCUUCUCUCUUUUUAAGGCUUUUGUUGCUUGGAUUCGUCGAAAUGUCUUAAUCCAAAAAUGUUUGUAUGUUACAGCAUGCAAAUUGUCUGUGGUAUCCUCCUCCUCUUGCUGAACAUGUUGAACCUGCACUAAAGAGCAAACUGGAGAAAUGUUUCUGUUUUUAACCUGGAUGUAAAUUUGAUUUAAAGGAUGGAAAAGGACUGCUGCUAAAACUCUAUGCACCAAUCUGAAGAUUAAAAAAAAUACUUAAUGAUUUAUUUUCUCUCUUUUUUAUUUUUGUGGUAAAGAAUGAAAAAUGUUGCGGGGCCUGCGGGGUUUGCCCCGCAGCCCCGAUGUCUUAAAGCGAGCGGAAGGGGAGGAUGCUUGAUUGUUAGAAAAAACGGGACACAGCUGAUCAUCACUCUGUCAACAGGAAAAAAAAGUUCGUGUGUUGUCUGCUGCCUAAGAUAUAUGUGCAAUAUUGUGCAGAAGCGCUCUGGUGUUUGUGGAAAAACAAAACCGAGGAUUCAUGUUCCCGCCAAAAUAUCUCGGCCAAUUAAAAAAAAAAAAAUCUUAAACGAGUUGAGUUUGAUUAAUGGCGAUUUGAUCUAUCUCAAGACUUCUGCACAGUGCUGUGGAUGUAUAUCUGUACAUAUGAUUUCUAUACUUAUCCGACGGACCUGUCCUGGCGCGUCAACAAGUGGAAAAAUCUGCAAAGUGGGGGGGAAAGUUUGUUGAGAAACUCAUGUUUUCAUAAUGUUUAAUAAAAAGUUCUGUCCCAAA